AUGUUCGCUCUGUUUAUGCACGCGCUAAUUAUUCUAUUAGGAUUUCUCUUUGUUAAUGGGUCUAAUUAUACUGGAAACAAUGGGCUUAUCUGCUUUGACUCCAUGGACGGACUGAACCUUGGUGUCUCGGCCACGGCGCAGGCACUUUCGCAAAUGGCUUCUAUGUCCUACAGUUGUGCGCCGCAGAUGUAUGCUCUAGCCGGUGCUACGGCUGCUGCUCAGCCGGUGGUUGCUCAAGUGGCGGCAGCUCCUGUAGUGGCGAGUCAGUCGAGUGCUGCUGCUAAUGCUGCCGCUAUAGCUAAUGCGAUGGGCAUUGCUCAGUUGGUGGCUGCUCAACCGGUAGCGGCAGUGGCUCCAGCCCAGGUUAUGGCGGCAGCAGCGGCGCCUGCUCAAGUAGUCUCUGUGCCACAAAUGGUAUCGACCCAGCAAGUCGUGGCCACCCCGCAAAUUAUGACUAGUCAGCCCGUUGUUGCAGCCUCUCAGAUAGUAGCAGCUGCUCAACCGGCCCAAGUAGUGGCAGCCCAGCCAGCCCAAGUAGUGACCGCUCAACCAGCCCAGGUAGUAGCUGCUGCCCAGCCGGCCCAAGUAGUAGCUGCCCAGCCCGUGAUGGCCACAGCCUCGGCGGCUGCAGGGGCAGGAGCAGCUCCUCAGGUUGUAGCAGCGCUGACUUGCACGCCCGUUAGUGCGUCAACUGCCUUUGCGGCGCCACAAACAACCUCGCAAAUGGCCAUGGCUGCCAGUGCUGCAAGUUUGGCGAGCGCAGAGCAAGUAGAGAAGCUAGCCCAGGCCGCCAAAGUUGUUCAGGAUAUCGGGGCCACCGAGGCCCAGCAUGCCAAAGAUCUAGCACAGGUAGCCCGUAUUGCCAACCAAGCUCAAAUAGUUGAAAACCAACAAGCCCUUCAGACUUUGCACUAUCUCCAACACAACCAGGCUGUUCAGGAUGCACAAGUAGCUAUACAGAAAGCCGCGAAUGCCACUGCAGCAGCCAACUACUUACAGCAGGUGGUUGCCGCGUCACCAAUUGUAGCUGCUCCCGCCCAAGUUGUAGCCACCGCACCUGCCCAAGUUGUAGCCGCUCCCGCUCAAGUGAUAGCCGCGCCAACUUCCUCUGUAGUAGUGCCAGUUGCCCAGGCUCCAGCUCAGGUCCAAGUACAAGUUCAAGCCCAGCCUCAAGUGCAGGCACAUGCUCAACCCAUUACUAUUACUGCUCCUAUGGCUAUGCCAGCUGCCACGCCCGUCCGAGUUCCAAUGACUAUGCCCAUGGCCCAAUCAGCAGCUAUAGCUAAAACCAACCCCGUCUACUACUGUAUUCAGGACGGCAAUACGCCUGCGCAGUUUGGGCUGGUGCGAAUGGGUGCUACUGCGGGUGCCUACCAAGAAUGUGUUUGUCCUCCUGUAUAUGGCGCAGUUUGUGAUGAGGAAGGCACAGGAACACUUGGUGCUAGCUUAGCUGCUCGGUUAUUAACUGGUCUUGCUCCCGAAGGCGGCGUUUCUCGUAGUGCAGGUCUACUUGGCGGCGCCCAGAUGCAGCUGGCGACGGGCGCACCGGGGGAAGCAGCCUGUUUAGACAAGCUCCGAGCCGCUCAAGUUUCAGCUAAUCUCCAACAGCUGGUGGCUAGUGGCGGUCUAAACCCUUGCUUAGACUCUAUUGGCCGAUCAAACUACCUCAAUCCGCAACUAACCAACCUUAUCUGUUAUUGCUAA